AUGACAAAGGGUUUAGUAAGGAUCAGAUUAGCUAGAUUUGGACGUAAAAAUAGUCCAGUCUAUAAUAUUGUAGUCACGCAAGCAUAUAAAGCAAGAGAUAGCAAGCCAAUUGAGGUUUUAGGUACUUAUAAUCCACGUCCGUUUGGUUUACGUGCCAAUAUUAGUCAUAAAAAUAAAAAUAAACUUAAAAAUCAGGAUAUCAAGACAAGUAUAGAGAAUAAUACAUUCCCAUGGAAAGAUAUCAAAUUAGAUUUUGCACGUACAAAAUAUUGGAUUGGUUGUGGUGCUCAACCAAGUGAUACAGUUAUUAGAAUAUUGAAUAAAGCUGGGAUACUAACUAAUGCAUGGGGCAAACAAAAGAUUAACAAUAUAAAUAGUAAUAGAGAAGUUAUAGCCCCUCGUCGAGAAGUUUAUGAAUAA